GGAAGCGGCGCCGCCAUGGAGGAGGACGAGCCGGAGCUGGAGGCCGGGCUGGAGGCGGCGCUGGAGCUGGCGCCCGCCGUGCAGGCCGCCAUCGAGCAGGUAUUUCCCAGCCAAGAUCCACUGGACAGAGCAGAUUUCAAUGCUGUGGAGUAUAUUAAUGCUCUCUUUCCCACUGAGCAAUCUUUGGCAAACAUUGAUGAAGUCGUGAACAAGAUCAGGUUGAAAAUAAGGAGGUUGGAUGACAACAUCAGAACUGUGGUGAGGGGCCAGACCAACGUGGGACAGGAUGGCAGGCAGGCCCUGGAAGAAGCCCAGAAAGCCAUUCAACAGCUCUUUGGUAAAAUUAAGGAUAUUAAAGACAAGGCUGAAAAAUCUGAACAAAUGGUGAAGGAAAUCACCAGGGACAUCAAGCAGCUGGACCAUGCCAAGCGUCACCUGACCACCUCCAUCACCACCCUCAACCACCUGCACAUGCUGGCAGGGGGGGUGGAUUCUCUGGAGGCUAUGACCAGGAGGAGACAAUAUGGGGAGGUUGCCAACCUUCUGCAAGGUGUGGUGAAUGUGUUGGAGCACUUCAACAAAUACAUGGGGAUCCCUCAGAUUCGACAGCUCUCUGAAAGGGUGAAGGCAGCACAGAACGAGUUGGGGCAGCAGAUCCUGGCUGACUUCGAGGAGGCCUUUCCUUCCCAAGGUACAAAGAGGACUGGUGGGCCCAGCAAUGUCCUACGUGAUGCCUGCCUGGUAGCCAACGUCCUGGACCCCAGGAUCAAACAGGAAAUCAUCAAGAAAUUCAUUAAACAACACCUCUCCGAGUAUCUGGUCCUUUUCCAGGAAAAUCAAGAUGUGGCCUGGCUGGACAAGAUUGACCGGCGCUACGCCUGGAUCAAGCGGCAGCUGGUGGAUUAUGAGGAGAAGUACGGGCGCAUGUUCCCCGCAGAGUGGUGCAUGACGGAGCGCAUCGCCGUGGACUUCUGCCACAUCACCAGGGCAGAGCUCUCCAAGAUCAUGCGCACCAGGGCCAAGGAGAUUGAGGUGAAAUUGCUUCUGUUUGCAAUUCAGAGAACAACCAACUUUGAGGGGCUCCUGGCCAAACGCUUCUCAGGCUGCACUCUUGCUGAUGGCACAGGGCAGAAGAAGCCAGAGGUGCCACCUCCCUCCACCAACCCCUUUCUGGAGGAUGAAACUGGGGCAGAGACAGAUGAGAUUGUGAUGGAGAAAAGUGAUACAGACAAACCAAAGAAGCCAAAGGUCCCUGACAAUCCUUUCCAUGGCAUUGUUUCCAAGUGCUUUGAGCCUCACCUUUAUGUGUACAUUGAGUCCCAGGACAAGAAUCUGGGAGAGCUGAUUGACAGAUUUGUGGCUGACUUCAAGGCUCAGGGUCCCCCCAAGCCCAACGUGGAUGAAGGGGGAGCUGUGCUGCCCAGCUGUGCUGACCUCUUUGUGUACUACAAGAAGUGCAUGGUGCAGUGCUCCCAGCUCAGCACUGGGGAGCCCAUGAUAGCCCUGACCACCAUCUUCCAGAAGUACCUGCGGGAAUACGCCUGGAAAAUCCUCUCUGGAAACCUGCCCAAGACAACCAGCAGCAGUGGUGGGCUCACCAUCACAAGCUUGCUGAAAGAAAAGGAAGGCUCUGAAGUGGCAAAGUUCACUUUAGAAGAGCUCUGCCUCAUUUGCAGCAUCCUGAGCACUGCAGAAUACUGCCUGGCCACCACCCAGCAGUUGGAAGAGAAGCUCAAAGAAAAAGUGGACACAAGCCUAAUGGAGAGAAUCAACCUGACAGGAGAGAUGGACACUUUCAGCAUUGUGAUCUCCAACAGCAUCCAGCUGUUAGUGCAGGACCUGGAUGCAGCCUGUGACCCUGCCCUGACUGCUAUGAGCAAGAUGCAGUGGCAGAAUGUGGAACAUGUUGGUGACCAGAGUCCUUAUGUCACCUCAGUGAUCCUGCACAUCAAGCAGAAUGUCCCCAUCAUCCGUGACAACCUGGCCUCCACCAGGAAAUAUUUCACUCAGUUCUGCAUAAAAUUUGCAAACUCCUUCAUUCCCAAGUUCAUUAACCAUCUCUUCAAGUGCAAACCUAUCAGCAUGGUGGGUGCAGAACAGCUGCUGCUGGACACUCACUCUCUGAAGAUGGUUCUCCUGGAUCUGCCCUCCAUUGGGUCCCAAGUGGUGAGGAAGGCUCCUGCCAGCUACACAAAGAUAGUGGUGAAAGGCAUGACUCGGGCUGAAAUGAUCCUGAAGGUGGUGAUGGCUCCACACGAGCCCCCAGUUGUGUUUGUGGACAAUUACAUCAAGCUCCUCGCUGACUGCAGCACUGACACAUUCCAGAAAAUCCUCGACAUGAAGGGCCUGAAGAGGAGCGAGCAGAGCAGCAUGCUGGACCUGUUCCGCCUGCGCCUCCCCUCUCCUCCCCCCGGCGGCGACGGCUCGGGCUCGCUCUCGCUGAGCGCUCCCACGCCCGAGCAGGAAUCCUCCCGCAUCCGCAAACUGGAGAAGCUCAUCAAGAAGAGACUCUGAGGGAGCACGGGGGGAGCUCCCUGCCCCGGGGCUGCUGAGCUGGGCAGGCUGUGAUUUACACCCUGUGCUGUCCCUCCCAGCCCCUGUGAUCUCUCAGCCAUCGCCGCUUUCGGACCGAGGAGGAAUCUGAGCAAGGUGUUGCCCUCAGCUUAGCAGGAGUGAAACCCAGGGCAUUGCCAGGUCCAUGUGACGGAGAAAAUAGAGGCACCUGGAAGGCAGCAGUACAGAAAGCAUUCAGGUGGAUUCAGAGCCUGUCUGGCUGUGAUGCACUUGGGGUCACAGCUUUUACCCUGGCUGAGCUCCUGCUGCAGCACUGAGGGUUUUGCCUC